UUAUAGCAUCUAUUCAGCAGGGCAAGCCAAAGAAGUCAUGAAGAUUUAUUUGAUAGCAGUUCUGUUUCUCACAGCUCUGGUGGCUGUACCUUGCUUAGCCGAGGAAGAAACAUAUGGAGAUGAGCCAAUGGUUAAUGGAAGACAGCAGUUAGCUGAUGAAGAUGAAUCUGGUCCACCAGUUGACGGAGUCGACAGUGACGAAGAAGCCGACGAAGAAGCCGACGAAGAAGCCGACGAAGAAGGUGAUGAACAAGAUGAAGAAGAAAUUAACAAUCAUCCCAGCAUUCCAGAAGAAAUAAAAGACGAAGUUCAAGAUGCAUUGAAAAGACGUGUUCCACGAUUAAGUGCACGAUGUUGCGUCGUCCUGAAACGAUAUGGAUUCUGCAAGAACAGAAUUAUUCGCAGAUUGUGUGCUCCUCAAUGCAUUGCCCAUUCUAAUCCAGGACCACCACCGUGUAAGAAUCUCAUUUCACCCAGAAGUUGUCUUCUGGUGAGAAACAAAUACAAGAGGUGCCGCCUUCACAUUGGCCGCGUCUACUGUCGUCGUACCUGUGGAUACUGUCGUCCCGUAAAACCAAAAUGGGUGACUCRCACUCCAUUUUGGUGUGGCRCUAAAAACCGCACGCUUAUCAAGUACAGAGUCACAUUGAAGAAGUGUCAAGAACUAUGCUUGAAAAGGCGUGGCUGCAAGGCUGUCGAAUGGUGGGGAAAAUACAACUUCGCCUGCUUCCAUUGUCACAACCCCAAACUGAUGAAGCCGUACAMUAACAAGAAAGAUCUGGCAUAUCCACCACAUGUAUCAGUAUACACUAAGUAGCGUGAAACAAAUGUUGAAUGGGCACUAGAGUUCUCGCACUUAAAACGUGAAAAAAGUAGUACAAAUAGUACUAAUUACUGCUAGAUAGUGUUGAUUAUACAAAAGGAAACAAAGGAAUUUGUAUAAUUUAUCACCUUUUUUGUAGUAUUUAUAUUUUAAAAACUAAUGGUUGAUAUUUUUAUGUUCUUUUUUUUUUCAAUCGCGAAUUGCAUUUUUUAAACUUGUAUUUACUCUAGAACCUAGUGCAAGUUAUUUUUUUCUUUUGUACUCAGUGCUCCUCUGUUAGAACAUAGCUAAUUGACGCUUGGAAAAGUUCAUUCCAAGGCGGGUCUUUUGAAAUAUACAUCGUAAUGUUAAAUUAAAGCAUGCAAUAAAUCUUAAUUGUUACGUACCA